AUGCUUACCGAACAAGAUGUAGAAGCUGUUGAGAACAUGGAAUCCAAGGUGAAAGAAGCUGAGCAGGAUGAGACCAACCAACAAGCUGAGACAGUAAUGUUAACUGAGGAGAGCAAAGCUAUUGUACAAAAGAAGCUGCCGCCUAAGUUGAAAGAUCUAGGGAGUUUCACGAUCCCUUACACUAUAAGAAAUUUCUAUUUUGAUGAAGUUUUAUGUGACUUAGGGGCAAAUAUUAAUCUAAUACCUGCCUCUGUUUUCAGAAAAUUGGGUCUUCGAGAAGCAAAGCCGACGACCAUCUCUCUACCAUUGGCGGAUAGAUCUAUUCAGUACUCGAGAGGACUCAUUGAGGAUGGACUGGUGAAAGUCGAUAAGUUCAUCUUCCCGCUCAACUUCAUUGUACUCGACAUGGAGGAAGACGAGGAGAUCCCUUUGAUACAAGGCUGA